AUGGCGGAUACUGACAGUGCGAUCCAUUUGCGGGCGCUUUCAAGGCCUUCCACAGGUCAGCCUUCAACAGGGUCAGGUCCGGACCCUAGCAUCCAAGACGAAACGCCGAGGCACUCCGCUCGACACCUACCCGAUGAUUUGGCUUCAGAGCAUGGUCAGCACGACGAUCUUCCAGCAUACUCGCGGGCUCCUCCAGCCAAUCAAUCACCGGGACUCGGUCACAGCGCAACACUCCAUCGCUCCGGCCUCAUUUUGUUCAUCACAGUUCUCUUUGCAGCCCUAGCCGUUUAUUCUUGGGUCAUUCUCGCAAUUCUCUCAGUUCGCCCUUUCAGCGCUCGCUCGUGGCAAGAAAACACGAGCUCUAAAUCCCGAUCCAAAAAUCUAGGUUGGAGCUAUGAUGCCUCGCUCUAUCGCUCGGCUAGAGUGAUCCAGUCCAUUCUCGCUGUUGUCAUUUUGCCAUGGACAUCGGCUGUAUGUGCCCAUGCUGCGGUUAUAUAUAUGCAACAUCAGAAAGACAGCAUGGGAUUGACUAUGCGACAAGUCAUGGCUCUUGCAGAUCGCCGAUGGCUGGAUAUCUCAUGGUUGUCUGAUGCAUUCGGUGGCACUUGGAAGCAAAAUGGAAGCUCACUGUUGAUUCUGGCCAUUAUACUUCACUUUCUUGGGGCCAUCAUUUACCCUAUCCAGUCUAUUGUGGUCAAUCCCAAGACCAUUCACGUUCCGAUUUCCGUCAAUGACAUGGGCUCAGUCGGCGAUCUUGCCGAGCAGUCCGAUUACUACCAUAGUAGUAGUGGCACUGACGUUUUGAGGACUCGUGCUGCCCUUCUCAAUGCGGACGUACAUACAUUCCAGCCGCAGCUGUGGCAAAGGAUGCAAGACCAACCGCUCUCCAACUUCAAGAAUUUCUCUGCGAUGACUGAUCCAUUCUAUGCUCAAAUCCCGCACGGCUUUCACACUGGAGUCCUACAGCAAUUCGCCAUGCGCAUCAAUUCGUCCGCUACUUCCAGGUCCAUUCAGGCCGAGGAAUUCCCGUCUGGGUGUAGCCAAGACUUCUCGGGGUUUUUUGCUAAUUACUCGUCCCUCUACAUGGACGGAUCCAGCCAGGAAACCUGGACUGUGAUCGCCUGUAUGCCAAAUGUUACGUCAAAGUCACCUUGGGUAGAAACUCGAAAUCGCCAAGACUUCUCAGAAUUGCUCUAUCUCAACGUCUCUGUCCAAGAUCAAAGCAUCGAAAGAACGCCUGCUGGCGGCGCUUUGUAUGAGAUCAAUUUGCGGACCACUGCCGGGUAUUUUGAGCUACCCAACUUCAUGAACAACGGGACACCAGGCCCUUUGCUUGAGAGCGAUCCAACGCCCAAUUGUGGAACGAACUGUGAGACGCAAACCUACCACUACUCGUAUUACCAACGCGCUCGCCGGGAUGAGAACAUUAUUGGAAAUGCGACCAAUUAUAUCUCUCAAGACGUUCCAUGGUCACCAUGGUUUUUCGAUAACAAGGGGCCACUGUUGACAACAGCACUUGCUCUCUUUGGGCCGGGCUCAUUCCUGGAAACCUUUUUCGCCUCAUCGAGCGUUCUCCAAAGUAGCUUCAAAGACUCUAGUCUCGAAAGUGACUAUGAAAGUACCGGUUGUCUUGAGCUAGCGCCUCUGAUGAGUUUGUUCUCCGCCACUCAGGGUCAAUAUGUAGCACAAGAUACUUGUGUUUCUAUCUAUCUCAACACCUACUCAAAUGCCCACCGAAUUAUUGCAAAAUGGCUCCUAACCAUAUGCGACUCUGCGUGGAAUCAUCCAAAUAUUUUCACGACGGCGGCCUUUUUGUCAAACAAGCAGUGGGUCGAAUCAUUGCAGCCUAUUUACGCAAUCUAUCGAGACCCCGGAGUUGAAAUGGAAAUUCCAGAUAUCAGUCUCGCCGGUUUGAUCGUGGUCAGCAUUUUUCUGGGGCCGUAUCUCUUACUCUUGCUUGCACUCUGUUGCUACGGGAGUUGGGCCCCACGAUGGACUCAACGACUCGACUCGUUUGCUAUGCUUCGUUUCGGUGCCGCACUUGGCGACGGUGUCUUCCCAAUGCUUCUUGCGUAUGAUAUGAAGGGAGUCAAAGAGCUUGACGAGAUCCCCGGUGUGAUCAGGGAUGUGGGUCCUAUUACGGACGAUGCGGUCAUUCCGAUCAACCGAAUAGGUCUGUGGGGUGGGAAGCCACUGCAUAAUCUCCGAAGAUAUGAGUGCUAUGAAGCCGAUAACGAGACUAUGAAAUCAUGGGAGGUGGACCAGGUACGGCGUGGCGGUGCUUCUGGUAGUCGUACAGUUGGCGGUCGAGUGAUACCCGCGGAAAGGCCGUAAUUCUGAGCACCUAGUAGUACAUGCAGAGAGAUUCAUUUCCAGAAGGUCAAAGUCCUGACAAAACUUCGACAUCAUGUAUUCAGUAACACUUACGAUAGGCCAGGGGUAGUGGCCGCGUCACAAAGAAUUUACAAAUCCGUUUUCGAAAGAGAGGAAACAAAAACAAUUCUUGUUGGAGUUUUUCUCUGCUCUCGGGAUACUGCCUGUCAAACUGGCACAGUGUCUAGAUGCUGG